CGGACCAUGGGGUGCGGAGGAGACGGGUGGGAGGAGUUAAACUCAUGGAGGGGGGGUCAUGUGAACGCCACGCCCCUACAGGAAGGACGGGUGUGUGUGUGUGCGUGUGUGUGUGUGUGUUUAGGAAUAAAUUUAGAAGGGAGGAGGCGACGGGGUGUGUGUGUGUGAGAAUAAACUUAGAAGAGAGGGGGCGACCGGGAUGGGCUUCCCAGCUGAGAAACUGGAGCGCGGGGAGGCUGCUGCCGGCCGGACUCGGGCCUCUCUCCCCGCAGAGUGCUCUCCGCGGCCCCGGGAGGGAGUUCGAGAUUAGGAAUCCCAGCCCUGCCACAGUUUUGGGAGCCGAGGGAGAGGCGAGGCCGAAAGGAAAGGAGCAGAGAAUGUAUGCGGAAGGGGCCCGGGUCGGGGUCUGGAGUGGAUUGAGUUCAAUCUGGGAGCGCUGACCGGGCGAUUAAAACACUGAACUCCCUAAGCUUGGAAGCUGGAGGAGAUUAGUGUGUGGCAGUAACAGGACAAGAGGGAGAAGGGAGAGGGAUGUUCUUUUCCAUGUGUCUUAGAAGACAGUCUCCAUUGAUGGUAGAGGAAUCCAAUCUAGGUAAGGGGCCUUAGGCAUCCGUUGGGGUACAGCGUAGGAUAGAAAGUGUCGUAAUGUUUAAAUAUUCCACAGGUUAACACUGACACCAGCCUUCUGGCCAUGCCGGUUCUAUGGCCUGUUUCUUCUCAUGAACCCCAGCAGAAGACAGACCGGCCGGUCCUCACAGUGGAUGACUUCCCUUCCCUGAGCAAGAGAUGGGAUAGAACCCGGGAUCUGCCCCACACCAGACUCUGGGCGUAAUAAGCCAGCUGAAUGAAGGAAUGUAACAGACCCCUGGGAGGGACACUGAACCCUGCCGCGGGGGGGGGAGGGGCCUGGACAUACCCCUUCCCCCCCCAGACUCCUCCCCCUCAGAGUCCACUCAGCCAUGGACUUUGGACCUGGAUAAGGGAAAAGAAGCUGCACUUUGUUUGUUGUAUCUGAUUUGGGAUUCUGAGUUUUGGAAAUGGAGUGCCAGAAGGGGGUUUGAUGAUCUCCAGGGGAGCAGCUGAGAGAAGAAAGGUGCAUGGCUCCUUCCUAGCCUCGUAGUAGGCGAGCCCCGGGCAGCCCCCGGUCCCACCCCGGCCGGCCUCCCCCGCGGGGGCCAGGAUGCUGAAGAAGCAGUCCGCAGGGCUGGUGCUGUGGGGCGCCGUCCUCUUCGUGGCCUGGAACGCCCUGCUGCUGCUCUUCUUCUGGACGCGCCCGGCGCCCGGCAGGCUGCCCUCGGACAGCGCUCUCGAGGACGACCCGGCCGGCCUCACGCGUGAGGUGAUCCGCCUGGCCGAGGACGCCGAGGCCGAGCUGGAGCGGCAGCGGGGGCUGCUGCAGCAGAUCCGUGAGCACCAUGCCCGCUGGAGCCGGCGGUGGCGGGCGCCCUCGGCCGCCCCGCCCGGCCCGCCACGCCCGCCCGCGUCCCCCGCGCCGGCCGUGAUCCCCAUCCUGGUCAUCGCGUGUGACCGCAGCACGGUGCGGCGCUGCCUGGACAAGCUGCUGCACUACCGGCCGUCGGCCGAGCUCUUCCCCAUCAUUGUCAGCCAGGACUGCGGGCACGAGGAGACGGCGCGGGUCAUCGCCUCGUAUGGCAGCGCCGUCACGCACAUCCGGCAGCCCGACCUGAGCAGCAUCGCCGUGCCCCCCGACCACCGCAAGUUCCAGGGCUACUACAAGAUCGCGCGCCACUACCGCUGGGCGCUGGGCCAGGUGUUCCGCAGCUUCCAGUUCGCGGCCGCCGUGGUGGUGGAGGACGACCUGGAGGUGGCCCCGGACUUCUUCGAGUACUUCCAGGCCACCUACCCGCUGCUGCGCGCCGACCCGUCCCUCUGGUGCGUGUCAGCCUGGAACGACAAUGGCAAGGAGCAGAUGGUGGACGCCGGCAAGCCCGAGCUGCUCUACCGCACCGACUUUUUCCCCGGCCUCGGCUGGCUGCUGCUGGCCGAGCUCUGGGCCGAGCUGGAGCCCAAGUGGCCGCGGGCCUUCUGGGACGACUGGAUGCGCCGGCCGGAGCAGCGGCAGGGCCGGGCCUGCGUGCGCCCCGAGAUCUCCAGAACGAUGACCUUUGGCCGCAAGGGCGUCAGCCACGGGCAGUUCUUCGACCAGCACCUCAAGUUCAUCAAGCUGAACCAGCACUUCGUGCCCUUCACCCAGCUGGACCUGUCCUACCUGCGGCAGGAGACCUACGACAGAGAUUUCCUGGCCCGCGUCUACGCGGCACCCCUGCUGCAGGUGGAGAAGGUGAGGACCAGUGAGCGCAGCGAGCUGGGGGAGGUGCGUGUGCAGUACACCGGCAGGGACAGCUUCAAGGCCUUUGCGAAAGCCCUGGGUGUCAUGGACGACCUCAAGUCCGGAGUCCCCAGGGCCGGCUACCGGGGCAUCGUCAGCUUCCUGUUCCGGGGCCGCCGUGUCCACCUGGCCCCCCCGCAGACCUGGGACGGCUACGAUCCGAGCUGGAAUUAGCUGCGCCUGCCCGCCCUGCUCCUGCUGGGCUCCUUCCUCUACGCAUGGUGGGCUGAGACAGACCGAGCCCCUGAGCUGCAUCUCCUCUCUGUGUGUCUCUCUUGGGUACAUUUACCUUUUCUUUUCUUUCUUUUUCUUUCCUUUUUUUUUUUCUUUUUCUUUUUUGAAUGGCAUUCGAGAGCACAGAGGGUGAGAUGAGGGUUAUUCUCCUGUUCUCAAGGGGGUCAGAUCAGGGGAACCUUGGCGGGGUAUGUUGGGUGGUAUUAGCAGGAAGCCACUGUGUGGCAGGGAGAGACUUGGGCAUGUUGGGGCCACAGACUUCCACAUUCCAGGGUUUCUCAGAGCAUCUGCAGAGGUGGGCAGCUUUAGUGGUCUUGACCAGCUCUCUUAUCCCUGUCCUGCCUCUUCCAACCAGGGUGUGGGCUCACCUCCUGUAUCUGCUCCCCAUUCCCACCUUCCCCCCCGUUGGAGGGGUUGUUGGGUUCUUUGCAAAGGGCAUUUACCUGUGGCCAGAGUGAGACUAACCAAAGGGGUGUCAUCAUCAGAGUCUGGGUGGAGCUGUUGGGCUUUCAGGGUUUACUGCUGCCCACCCCUGUUUCUCUUCUGCCCCUCUCCUAAUCCUGACCUCCUCUCUGCUCUUCUUUCCUUGCAGCUUAGCAGUGUGUGAUUCUAAGAUGAGAAGUCAAAGGGGGAAAGCCAGACUUCUCCUCAGCUUAUCCGCAGAAGUUGGGGUGGGAGGAGCAGAGAAUGUGGUAGGGAGAAAGCCUUGGUGUGCUAGGACAUGCCUCCCUCAUCCUGCCUCAAAGAAACAGACUCUGUUCCUGGAUCCUGGCCUUUCUAAAAAUUGACCCCUUUCCUGUUGCAGUAGGAGGUUUCAUGCUGGCUUUCUGGAAGACAGAUUAGCUCCUUGUGUCCUUUUUCUCCUGGGGUUUGGGGCACAGGCCCCUCUCUGAAGGUUGAGGCCUCAGGUGGCCCUCUCAGGGUGAGGUGGAAAGAUAGCUCCUGCCUCCCUCCCCUGUCCACCGGGCAUCCCCCUGUCUGCUCAGAUUGUGGUGAGGAUGGCAGGUUGGAGAGCAAUGUAUGUGUGUUUGCUUCUGGCCUGACCUCAGUUCAUGGAAGAAAGUUGAAGCUACAGAAUUAUUUUCAAAAAUAAAGGCUGAAUUGUCUGAAAAACUGUGUGCAUGUGUUUGUGUCCUGGAACAGGAAGGAGCUGAAGGGUAGAGGAAGAAGGAAAAAGAAGGGAGGACAACGGCUGAGGGAAGGGCCUGGAUGGCAAGAGGAAGUGGAUCAGCUAAAGCAAGGAAAGCAGAUGACCGGAAGAUGGGAGCUGGGAGGGGCUGGGUGUGAAAGAAAGGCCAGACGUGUGGGUAGGGUUGGGAGAGGAGGUGCAGGGGUGGAGGGGUUGGUCCAAGGUUACAGUACCCUGUUGCUCAUCU